UUGUGUUGUCAAUUAUGAUUGUCAUGUAAAAUUAGUCGUAAAAUUUCAAAAUAAUUGUAAAAUGAAACACAAAAUUCUAUGUGUUAAACAGGGUUAUACAUUUCCAUUGCCCUGAUGAUUUCAUCAAAAUAUUGUUAGUGAAAAGUUAAAUUUCAAAUCCUUGGUGUCAUUUUAAUCAUUGUAAAACCUAAGCCCAAAAAUGUCAUCCAACGAGUUCAACCUCAGUAGUAUCUGUCUUGCUGUGACUAGCAGUGCUGUUUGUUGGACAGUGAUGUACUUGUGUCUCGUCCGUUCAAAAGUUUUUAAACAGAUGGCAGAAGUCUGUUGCCGAAUAGUAACUCUUGUUCAUGCUGUUGUGGCUGUUGUUUUGUCUGCAUUGUGCUAUUGGCAAGGACCUGAUCCAUAUUCAUACCCAGGUGAGCCCAACACUCUGCUACAAGAUGUAACUCUGACAGUCAGUCUAGGCUACUUCUGGUUUGACCUUGGCUGGUGUUUAAUCCACCAGACAGAGCCAGCCAUCAUGCUACUCCAUCAUCUGGCCAGCCUUGUCUCCAUCGGAAUGGUCCUGUUGGGACGAACGUCUGGAGGGGAAGCUGUGGCUGGAAUUCUAAGUCUAGAAGUGACCAACCCCUUGCUACAGAUUAGAUGGUUUCUGCGGACGGCCGGAUACAACAAAUCGUUAAUCCACACACUGGUAGAGAUACUGUUUGUCAUCUCGUUUGUAGUUGUGCGUCUCGGAAUUGGCUCAUACCUCACUUAUUGUGUGGUUUUCAAUGGAAAGCCCAAAAUAGCGGUGAAAUGCUGUUGCUUCUCCUUGUACUUAAUUUCACUAGCAUUUGUCUUCUACAUAGUAAAAUUUAUCAAGAAGAAGUAUGUAAAAUCCAAAGAGAGAUCUAGUGAUUAAGUGUAACCAAAGUAUCGUAGAUUUAUGUUUAUGUAUAGCACACCGCAUGUGAUUGUCUAUUGACUAAAUAUUAUUUUUACAGUAUUUUUUUACUGGAAGUAUUAUUUCUUGUUAAUAGAUAUUUAAUGUUGAUUAAUAUUUACAUUUAAUGUUACUUAAAUUGAAUACAGUACUUAAGUUUGUGUCUUUCAAAGUAUAAAAGGGUGUUUAAGGAAUCAACUUAAAUCAAUUUCUGAGUGGCUAUUACGGAUGUUAUAGGAUAAAACUUGUGAAGAAUUUGUACCAAAUGUUUGUGUGGUUUUAACCAUUUCCCUGUUUCUGUUUAGUUCUUUGUCCCAGCCGAAACAAAAGAUGUCUAUUAGGUGGACAUCUUAGUUGUAAAUAAAUUAUAAAAGAACUUGGAAUAGGGAUUUAUGCUUACAGGGUUACAUGGUAUUGUCUUUUAUUUACAAAAAAAAUCUAAUGAUCAAUUCACAUCAAAGUUGGUAGAAUCGUUGAAAUAGUAAGUGAUACCUGUCUGUGGUAAUUUCAGUUUUGAAUUUUAAAAUACGUAAAGACUUUUCUAAGAUCAAAAUGCAACAAAGAUGUAAGGAUUGCUUAUAAAAUAAAUAGUAAUCACUCAAGUAAUGUUUGUAUUUUCCCAAAGGAAUUUAAUAUACAUGUGUUUAGCUUUCUGUAAUGUUCAACCUGUAUCACAUUCCUUUUAUUUUUUGCACCUUUUUUCAAUACAAACACAGUCUAACAAAGUGUUUCUAUUCUUAAGAGUCACAUUUGAACUUUUACUAGUGCAUCAAGCUUACCAGCAGAUUGUAAUGUCGCCUUUUAUUGACGUUGUUCUUGUUUACAAAACCACCACACUUAAGCUAGGGCUGUGAUAGUGAAACCAACUGCUUUCUUUGCAAUAUCAUAUCUAUGAGUUUAAUUAACCUUAGAGGUUAGAUUUGAUACAUUUUAUUGAUUUAUUUAAUGUAAUCAAUUUCGUCAUGUUUCUUGAUGAAUUACCUUAGAGGACUCUAAACAAUGAUUUUCAGUGCUAAAUCUGUCUGUGAUAAUUUUUUUUUAUGGUUAGUACUUACUGAUAUCGUUUCUUACUGUUAGGCCUAUAUAUUGAUAAAUAAUGUAUUUAAUUUGACUAACCUAGGUACCUUUUUAGAAUCUAUUAAUUCUUAUUGAUACUACCAUAGAUUAAACAUAGUAUGUUUAAUCUAUGAUACUUAGGGUUCCCAGGGACCCUCCAUCAAAAAAGAGGACAAAAUUACUCACCAAGGGUGGUCCUAGACAUAUAUUUGGGGGGGGGGAGUCACCGGGGGGCCUUGGAAUACCCCCCAGCAAAGAAGGGGGGUCCGGGGGCCCCCCCGGAAAAAAUUUGGAAAUAACGUGCUAAAAUUAGUACUUUUUAAGCUAUUUUGAGGACCUAGUUUAAUGUGUUCAAGCUUCCCAGUUUAUUUUUUAAAGGUCAAGAAAUGUUAAAAAAUAAACUUAUACUCGUAUAAUGUCAUGUUUUUUUAUUGAGACUUGUGGUUUUAAUAUCAAAGGAAUACCGCAACAUUACAACACAUUCAAGCAUGUUUGAUUUACAAAAACACCCUGGUGCCAAUGUGCAUGCUAAACAGAAAUUGUCCAAAAUCAGACCAUGAUUUUGAACCAAAGAACUUAUUUUAUCUAAGAAGUGUUUAAGAACUAGCACCCAACACGACUGCAUUAUACCUGCCCAGCAAGCAACAGUUCAUGUCGACCACGCUUAAAACAAGUAAACUUUUCUUUCAACUUUUCUGAAAAUACACAUUUUCUUUUCGGCAUUAGAGUAGGCCCUAGGGACGAUCAACACGGACAAAUUAAAAAGUAAGAUAAUUAUUUUUUAAGUAGGCAUGUAACAUGUAACGUAAAGUAAGCAAGUAAGCAGACGAAGAGCUAGUCACUGGUCGACGGCCGACGGUCGCUAGUAUGCUACUGGCCUGGCAAACUGGCUACUAGUGAGCAGAGUUAUUCAGUUUCGCCUUCCGUUCUGUUUUGUUCUACAGUAUUUCCAAUGGAUUCUAGCGUAGGCCUACGUUAUACACGAAAUUUUACCUAAAGAAAGAGGAAAUGACACUUUUAUACGUAAGAUAUUAUUAAAGUGUAGUAUUUUAACUUAGUUUAAUGUUAUGAUGACGAUUAAUUAUAAAAGCUGAUUGCUAAUAUUAAUACUUGCAGAAAUAUUUUUUUAUUUUCUCACAAAGUCAAAAUCCCGGACAUUUGAAAGUAUUGCCAAAAAUCCCCCCGGACGUUUUUUUUGUACCCAAAAAGAGGACGUGUCCGGGAAAAAGAGGACGUCUGGGAUCCCUAAUGAUACUACUAUGUCAUUUUCAUUCCAGAUUGUUACAUUCGCUUAUGGACGGUGCCAGGGUGCUAGAAUUGUUUUCUAUUAGCUGUUAAGUCAUAUCAAUUUAAAUUAUUUAACAUUUUUGGUCAAAAAUAUCUGAAAUUGGAAGUAGAAAGGGCCAAAUUUGGAUUUUUUAAAUUUGCAUGGGAAAUGAGAUGAAUGUUUUACCUUAAAAAAGAAUCAUGCAAAAAUUCUUUUUUGUAUUUUAGUUGCAUUCUAAAACUUCACCUUAGACCUAUCUCCUCUGAACAUUGAUUGAUAGCAAUAAAUGAUUUUGCGUAAUGAUAUUACUGGCCUAAAUAACACAGAGUUGAUAUAACUUUACAAUGACACUUAAUCUGGACUAAUCUCUUGUACCAUGAUGUGUUAAUGUAUCAUCAGCACAGGUAGUUUCCAAUCUAACAAUAACUUUUAAUCAUUUAUUGAUUUGAUUCCUGGUGAAAUAAUUCCACUCGUUGAUUGCAAUUUAUUCUGUCUUCCAUCCUGGUUAUGCCUCUUUCCAUUAGGUUACUUAGGUUUCAAUAAUACUAAAUACAUUGGGCAUUAGUGUACAAUAUUUUUAAGUCGUCUUUUUUACUAGUAUUAUAUAUUUUUUUUUAUUAUCUUUUAAACUACAUUCCACAGGGUUGCGUAAUCUAUACCUGCAUAAAUGCAAGUCUUCAACUGAAAUUUUUAAAAUACAGCUUGUGACAUGUAAGCUGGACCUAACGCGGGUAGUGUAGGCGGGGGGAGGGUGGGGGUAAGGAAAAGACCGGACUGCAAACAUUUCUGCUGACUCCCGGGGUGUACUUGAGCACCUUCACGUGGAUCCCGAGGACAGUUGACGCAACCCCCAUGACGGCACAAAAUGUUUUUGAAUAGGCUAGUAGCGAUCGGUCAAGUGCCAACUUACGUGUCACAAGCUCUCUCCAUGGUUUUGCAAUUUGUAAGUGGUGCAAAAAUGGUUACAACAUUUUUGAGGAUAAAUUUUCUUUGUGCUGCAUCAUUUUAUUUGGUUUGAGUAGUAUAUUUAGUAUUUACAUACCGUUAACUGUAUUAUUUUUCUUUUAGCCUAUAACAUUUUCACCGUUGAUCCAAUCUAUAUGUGUAUUCAUAUUGUUAUUAUUACAGGUAUUGUUUUUACUUAAAACUAUUUACAGGUUUAGUUCCAUUCGAAGUAUUUUUGGAUUGUUUUUUCAUCAUAUGGUUUUGUGAAAUGAACAAGUCAUUUACAAUUUCUUUAAGAUUGCUUACUGUGAUCCUUUAGUGUUGUGCUUAUGCGUGAUGUCGGUAGUUACCUUAAUAAACAUUGUUCGAAAGCAUAGACCUUGUAUGCAUUUUAUGGAUCAAAAUUUGAGAGAAAAUUACUAAAAGAUCAAAUAUUUUUAUAAACAUCAUAAAGUAGUGGUAUUUUUUGCGAGAGGACUUUUAAGAAAAUGUUUAUAGCUCCUUGGUAUAUCACUUUUGUAGUAAAUGUAAACGCUCAGUAACAAAUUAGCCAUCAGUUAUAUUAUUUAUGUGCUAAUAGUCUAACUAGUCUAUAUAAUGUUACCGCUUUUAUGUAAUAUUUACGUAAGUUGAGCAUGUAAUAAAGAGAUUUGUAUUACUUCUUUUAUUUGAAUGCCUUGUGUAUAAUAAAUGAUCUAGUGAUUUAAUUUAGCCAAGCAUCGUCUUGUGACUAUAAUAGUGCCGUGCAAUUAGAC